UGAUACACUAUUCGCAAGUUUCCUAUACUUAGACGUUCAACCUUCACAACAACAACAACAACAACCACCAACAACCUCCUCACUAUGAGAUAUCUUCCCGAUAUUGCCUUCAAAUCAACCGGCGAGAUAAGGACCUUUGGAUUCCGGGACGUAUCGCAAAUAAUGCACCCAGACUUGCUUGGUGCACUUGAACUUGAUGGCUUCAAUCGACGACGCAUUUGAACUUCACGCGGUGAGGCUUUUUCAAAAUGCCUGGCCGUGGUGCCAUUGUGGAAAGAGGACUACAGAAGAACAGCUAUUAUAUUCAUGGGGUAGAUGGACACAGUUACCAUGUUAAUAAGGUAUCGAAAGGAGGAAGACUCUCUCUUAGAUGUAUACACUACGGAAGCAAACGAACCUGCCGAGCGAGAGCCAACAUGGACAGAGAUGGUAAAAAUUUCCGACCUGGAGUUAACCAUAGACACAACCACCCUAAGUCAAGAAAUCUAGUACAUGAAAGAAGAUUUAGAGCUCGCCUGCUUAAUCAAUGCCGCCAGCUGGAUUGUGCUGAUUUUAGUUUGAAAGACCUGUACAACAAAGUUAAACGUGAAAUGAGACAGGAAAUGCACUUGUCCCGAGAUGCUUUAGUCAACGUGCCAUAUGUUAAGUUGCGGCAGUCGAUGCAGAGAGCCAGAGCGCAGAUACUACCAAGGAUACCCCACACAUUAACUGAUCUAGCUCAUAUUCUGGAGGAUCCCAAUUACAAAUUUUUAACAGAUACAUUAGAUGGGGAAGAUUGCAUCUAUUUGGGCAAAUGUGGUCAGUCUAGUUUAGGUACCAGGUGCAUUAUUUUUGCAUCACGCAGGCAUCUGAGAUAUCUAUCCACCAAAAAGUUCGACAUUAUGAGCGACGCCACAUUUUCAAGUGUACCAGGUGCAAUUGGUGCUGCUCAGAUUUGGACAAUUCUUCAUUUAAGGAGGCAUCAUACAACUCCUUUAAUACGAGUGCUGAUGCAGUCGAAAUUACAAGAAUGUUAUGAGGAAGCUCUCAGGGCCAUUCGCGCUGUGAUUCCAGAUUUUGCACCGCAGUCUGUCAUGUGCGAUUUUGAGGCCGCUCAGGCCAAUGCUUGGAAAGCUGUCUUUCCUCUCAUUGUGGUACUUGGCUGCUUCUUUCACAGUUCCAAGGCAAUUGCUGCAAAAGCAAAGAAACUUCAUCUACUUCAAUAUAUUCAAAGAUAUGAAGCAAUUGAUAGUAUUGUCAGGUCAUGCUGUGCUCUGGCACUUCUGCCACCAGAAAAAAUGUGGGAUGGCCUACUUGUCCUGAGCCUGAGAGCACAGAAUGAGGGAUUCUGGAAUGUUUUAUCACACCUUUUUGUGUACAUAAGAAACACCUGGUACUCUGCAUCAAAACUCCCUAUGUUUUGCGUAUAUGAUGCAGAAGACAGGACAAACAAUGCUUGCGAGUCAGCCAAUGCCUCCCUCCGCGCAGCUGUCAAACAUAAACACCCAAACAUUUGGUGUUUCCUCAAUGCACUAAUUGACCUUGAAGACUCAACUGAAGACGAUAUUUAUGUUCUGAAUUCAGGACGAACACCCAACAGAGCACGAGGCAGAACUGUUCUAAUGAAUGACGAGACCAUUGCUGGACUCCAAGCUGAUUUGCAACGAGAUAAUAUCACUAUUGAUGACUUUUUGAGGCAGGCAUCAAGGAGAGUGGAAGGUGUAUACAAUAUUGCCCUAGACCUUUUGUAAGCGGUCUAUUGAUUCUUGUACGAGGUUCUCUAAUUU